UAUAUGAUAGCAACAACACUCCACCCAACACUAGCCAACUCUUUCAGACCGAUAUGAUCAUCAGUUUCCUAUAUGAUCUGCAUGACAUUUCAUAAGUUCAUGCUUAUUUAUAAUGCAGGGCUGCUAUAUAUAUAAUACUGUUACAAACAUCCAACAUAUAUAUUCCUCUCGAAUCACGAUUGCUCUACAGUAUUUUCAACCCAAAAGGCAUUACACAUCAGACCAACAUGGCAUAAAUAUUUGAUUGGAUUUUGGCACACAACUUCAGAUUUAGCUAGCUCAAUAUGUAUACCAACUGCAGAAAAUUUCAGACCAAAGCCAUUGAACCAAAUCACUGAAAUAUCUACAUCUCUUAAAAGUUUUUGAUCUUAUCAACCAAAUAACCCACACCUAGAACAUUCAAAAAUUGCAAAAUCUUUUCAACCAGGAAAGCAUACGGGAAAUCCAAAAAAUUCCAUUGGCUUGUGCCAACCAAAGAUCGUAUUGUCCGAUUUGGAUAAAUAGUCAGAAUGAGAAAUUUUUUGUCAAAACUGCUUACCAUAUUGUAGCAAAUUUCACAAAUACACUGAUGUCAAAUCUCCAUAAUAUCUCAAUUGAAAAAAAUUUGGAAACUAAAAAUUCAUGAUCGCCACAAACUCCUUUUAUGAAAAUUUUUUUGGGCGAUAAUACCAACCAGAGAAAGGUUGAAGAGCUUCAUUCCAAACCUUCCAUCCAUUACUUGCCCAUUGUGCGAAGAAAAAGAAGAAACUAUGUUCCAUGUUUUUAUUGAAUGCUCAAUCACCAAAAUUUUAUGGAGUCAAACCAGUUGGCUACUAAAUCCUUCAUUGAUGGCGAUCACCACAAUGAAAGAAUGGAUACAGAUUAUCACUAAUCCCGAAGUAAAAUUGGGAUUAAAAUCGCAAGAAGAGCAUCAUUUCCAAUUAUUUGCAGUUCUGAUAAUAGAUUUUAUAUGAAAAUUAAGAAAUAAUGUAGUCCACAACCAAACAGUUAUUUCUCUAAAAAAGGCCAAGGAGCAAUUGGACGCUUCAUACCAAGAGAAUCUACAUGCAUGGAAGCAAAAGGCAAAAUCAAGUCAAUCACAGGAAUGGCAAGCCCCUUCCAGAUAUUAGAUAAGAAUAUCCUUUAAUGCUACAAUACAAAAUUCCUACUUAACAUCCUCAACUUUAAGUCGAGAUUCAGAAGGGAAUAUUAUAGAAAUCUAGACAAAGGAAAAUGCUACCACAACACCUGUCAUAGCAGAAGCUCAGGCAGCAAAGCUUGCACUCAAAAUGGUGGAACAUUUACAAAAUGACAAAACAAUAAUGGAAGGAGAUGCACAACUAGUUAUAUUAGCAAUCCAAGGAGAAUUGGUAGUUUGGCAGAUUAACCCCAUAGUUGAAGACAUUGCUCAAAUGUUGAAAAUUCAAAAUGAUUGGAGUUUCAAAAAAAUAGAUCAAUCUCAAAAUCGAUGUGUGCAUUCGGUAUUGCAAUGAGCAGCAACCAACCAUAUAUGUUUUUGGUAGCAUACUUGUGGAAGAAAUUCCUACUUGUAUUUUGCAUAUUGAUAGAGGGAAAGAUCCUCUCCCUACUAGUUUGUAACUUAUUUUGUUAAUGAAUCCAUGCUUUAAAAAAAAAAAAAAAAAAAAGGACCACUAGCUCAAUAUGUGUUUAUUUUUUCCUUUAUAUUUAAUCUUAAAUUUGAAUAAAAUGAAGGACAAAAUAACACUCCACCCAACGGGCAAAAUCGUCCGUUCAACAUGUAUCUAAGUGGCAUAUGCAUGUACAGAGAUAAAGAGAGCUGUGAAGCGGCUUGUUGUUCUGUAGCCUCAUCCUUGCGAUUCCUUUCAAACUCUUUAAAGUUCAAACUUUUAAACCCCAUCAGUUCCGAAAUCCAUUUCUUAAAAUUCCAAUCUCUGUAUCUCUUACGGACAUGGAUAGAAAAGAUACACGCGUACAUAAAUGCCAUUGCCAUUGAAAACUGGCAGGGGUCGAGAGAGAGGGGGGGACCAGUAGUGAUCCUGGCCAUCUCAAAAGCAGAAAUGGUGUUGAAAUGAAGGAGCGUCAGCGGUGGCAGCCAGAGGAAGACGCACUCCUCAGAGCCUACGUUAAGCAAUAUGGCCCCAAAGAGUGGAACCUCGUCCCCGUCCGCAUGGGGCAGCCCCUCCACCGCGACCCCAAGUCGUGCCUUGAGCGCUGGAAGAACUACCUGAAGCCCGGCCUCAAGAAGGGCUCUCUCACCAAGGAAGAACAGUCCCUCGUCGUCUCCCUCCAGGCCAAGUACGGCAACAAGUGGAAGAAGAUCGCCGCCGAGGUCCCUGGCCGCACACCCAAGCGCCUCGGCAAGUGGUGGGAGGUCUUCAAGGAAAAGCAGCUCAAACAACAGCAGCAGAACCAGAAGAAGAAGAACGGCAGUAACGCACCCGAAUAUUCCGACUGUACCGACGUCGCGAAUAUUAUUCCAGUGGUGGAAUCUCCGGAGAAGGCCACCCAGGGCCCGUACGAUCACAUCUUGGAGACUUUUGCUGAGAAGUACGUGCUGCAGCCCAAGCUCUGCACGUUCCAGUCCCUGAAUGGCAGUAUGGCUCCGGCGCUCCCAUGUAUUUCGGUGCCCGAUAUGGGUCCCAUUCUCUCUCUCGGGUCGACUACAUCUUCUUCGACGACGUCGACCAUGCUUCCCUCGUGGAUGAACAUGAUUCCUUCCCGUACGACGUCUUCUUCUACCACCUCGCCGACGCCGUCUCCAUCAGUUCGUCUGUCCCUUUCUCCGACUAAACCGGCUAUGGAGCCGGAUUCAAAUCCAAUCCUCUUAUCUCCGGAUUGCCAGAUGACUACGCUAAUCCAGUACUGCAAGGAGGUAGAAGAGGGGAGGCAGAGCUGGGAACAGCACAAGAAGGAGGCGAAAUGGAGGCUGAGCAGGGUGGAGCAGCAGCUGGAGUCGGAGAAAGCAAGAAAAAUGAGAGAAAAGAUGGAGGAGAUAGAGGCAAAGAUAAGGUCACUGAGAGAGGAAGAGAUGGCGUUUGUGGGUAGGAUUGAGAGGGAGUACAACGAAGAGAUGAGAGCAUUGCAGAGAGAUGCAGAAAGCAAGGAGGCAAAGUUGGCGGAGGCAUGGCGUAGCAAGCAUGUGAAGCUGACUAAGCAGCUCGUGGAGCAGAUUGGAUUACUCAAUAACACUGCCCCAAAGGGCAAUCACUAAUUAUUCUUCCUUUCCGGCCCUAUGGACCACCAUGUUUGUCACUGAUCUUGCUUUAAACGUAGUAGUAGUGUACGUACAACUCGUUUUACAUUAU